AUGACCUCCAGCUCUAUUUUUCUUUUCUUUCUAUUCGGGUUCUCGAUACCCUGGCUAGCCUCUGGACAAGAGAUUACGCGGGAUUAUUCGCCGCUUUUGGAUGUGAGAUGUUUUUUUUAGAAAUCGUACAAAAAGAGUUCUUCAGAGAUAAAGCGUAGAUUCGAAAAAGUAUAGAAAAGUCGGUAACUAAAAUCUGCAUAGCAGCUCCUAAAAUGUGCAAAGCAGCGACUAAAUUGUGAAAAGCUGCGACUAAACUAGCGAAAGCAGCGCCUAAAAUGUGCAAAGCAGCGACUAAAUUAGCAAAAGCAGCGUCGCAAUUAUGAAAGGCAGCGCCGCGCCAUGACAUCAUCCAAGAAAACCGUCUCACUUUUUUGUGUGAUUUCAGAAGAACACGUCUGCCGCAAACCCAGGCAUUUACUUGCGAAUCAUGCCAAACGGGUUGGCAUAUUUGAGAGAGGUCGGAAUGAAAGUGAUCAACGAGCAGAUACUCAAAUUACAACUGCCCAACAUCAGAGAACAAAUUGAGAAUGGAGAAGUACGGAUAUUAAUUCACAAAAUUAGCUCUUAAUUCUGAAAUCAAAUCCUCAGGUGUCCAUCUAUAAUCUGAUGAUGAGCAAGUACUGGGCUCCGCAAGAAUACGCUCUGGACAUGUCAGAGCCGAACAUUUUUGCGUGGAGCAUGAGCAAGAUGCACUUGAGAGCAGCCGGUGACUUUCAGGCCACCAUUAACAGCCCGCUCCUUCUGCCGACAGUCCCAAUUACCGGACAUUUCGAGGCUCUUCUAGGACACAUCAGUCUGUACAUCACGGUCAAUAUGGAAAGGUACAGUAAUUCUUUUCUUGGCUUCUUUGAUAGAAAAUGGAACUAGAAAUGCCAACGGAGCACCACAAGUUCGAUCUUCCGGAUGUCGAAGUGCCAUUGGAUACGUGGAUUUGAACGUGAGGAACACUGGAGUUAUCACUGAUUUCUUUAUUAAUGCAUUCAAAGGUAACUCACAGUGAUGAUUGCAAAAACCAGCACAUUUUCAGCUUUCCUGAUCGGAAACUUCAAGCCACAAGUUGAGCUGAAAAUGUGCAAAAUGAUCGAGUCGAUUAUUGAUAGAGAUAUGAACAUCUUGUUGUCCGCAAUGCCAUUGAAGGUUUGGGCACUUUUUGUGAAUUUAUAAUAGUUCCAUUCAUUUCAGACUCGAAUCAACGAGAACAACCUUGACAUCAUCGGCGAAACGUUUGGAAUUGCUCCCAAAAAGGUGAGGUACGGUUUUGCACCUCUUUUUUCCAUUUUUUUUUGUUACAAAAUAGUGAGAUCUACGCUUCGAACUUACAGAAUCACAAGUUUCAGCAAAACCGAGCUGGCAAGCUGUCGACUUUCAACGCCAAAAACAUUACGCUGACCCAUUUUGUACAACGUCUUCGUGACAAGGAACUCGUCCUCGAUUAUCAGUUGAUUUCCGCGCCAUUCGUACAAAGCGGAGCAGUGAAUAUGAUGGCCAAGGGAGAAAUUUCGUUUCGAGGACACGGAGGAACGCCUUUCCAUCCGCCGAACGUCAGAAUUCCAGCACCGCAUGGUAAUUCUUUUCUCUUAUUGUUCUCCAGAUUUAUAAUAUCUUUUAGGUGUUCACAUGAUCGAGUUCUAUGCGAGUGACUACCUGGCCAACUCGAUGCUCUAUCAUUCCUACCGUCAAAAGUUUCUGGACGUGACCAUCGGACCGGAAAGUUCUCCUCAACUUCAAAGUCUUUUGGUAACCACUUGUGGUCCGGCGGGUUUCUGUCUGGGAGAAUUCCUCGGAACUCUCGGAGAACAGUUCCCGGAUAGACAGAUUGAAAUCGAGUUUUUCGCCAAGAAAGUGAGUUGGAUUUUUGAGAUUACAGUAAUCCCAGAUUUGAAAUUAAUAUAAAAUUUUUAGGCUCCUCUAAUUGUUUUCAUUGACAACCGAUCACGAUUCCGUCUUCACGGAGGCUUGAAUAUGUUUGUCCGCCCGGCGAAUGCAACUCAAGUUAAGCAAAUGGUACGUGUAAAGCUUUUGGUGACCUGAAACUGAUUUUUUCAACACUCAGAUCCUGAGAACAGAUACAACAAUGACGGCAAACGUGAAUCUUUGGAUUAACGGCUCAGCUAUCGUCGGAAAUUCAACUAUCGAAAACUUGGAUUUCAAAGUUAGACAUCUCAUUUGAUUUUUGACAAAAAGCCACAAUUUUCAGCUACUCGAGACCAAAGUAAAUGAGGUUGACCAGGACUCAUUCUCGGAUUUAGGACUGUUCGGAGCAGAGUUUUUAGAAAAGCUUCUCACGGAAAUUUUACAAAUGGGAAUUGCGCUGCCCACAAUGCAGGGUGUCAUUUUGAAGAGUCCCAAGUGAGCAGAUAGUAACUUUCCAGUCCGCAAUGUUAAAAAUAUUAUAGAUUAACAUUCCACGACCGUUAUCUGAAAGUAUCCACGUACUUCAAGUUGGACGAGGAAUACGCCGGAAAUUUGGUGCGAGGAGCGGUGCGGAAGACGUUGAGCGGGCCGAUCAGAUGA